UUGUAUUUUCGAGUGACCACAAAAUGGUCGGAGUAACGGCUUCUCCGAUUCAAUCGUAUUGAGUUACGAUGACCGCAGAUCUCCUCUGCGUAGCUAUAAAACCAAAAACCUCCCAUUUUUACUCUUCCCAUUCCAAUUCUCUUUGUUAUGAUCAAAGAGUUUCAUCUCUAACAGAAAUGGCAUGGAGAUAUGUCUGCUCAAUAUUUGUGAGGGUUAAAUCACGCUCUUCUUCCUUAGGAUAUUGCAAAAUCUGAAUGGAGCUGCUGCAUUUUAAUCAAUUGGUAUCACCAUACUUUUUGGCGUUAUUGCUUACUGACAGCAUCAUUAUUUUUGUUCAAUUAUAUGAAAUUCUGGUAAGCAAUGACAUUUCCAAACAAGAAAGCAAAGAGAGUUGUGAAAAUAUGUUAUCUGAGGGUGGUUGGUUUAUUUCGAAAGUUACGGGAUCACACAUGUGUUAUGCUUGAACAAUAACAACAACAUACCCAGUGAAAUAUCACAAAGUGGGGUCUGGGGAGGGUAGAGUGUAAGCAGGCCUUACCAGAGAGGAAGAGAUACUGUUUUCGAAAGACCCUCGGUUCAACUCUGAACUAAAUGCAACUACUUUCUUCUUAUUCCUUUUCGUGAUUUAAGGAUGAUCAUUGUAUUGUCAGGUCAUUCUUUCUCUUCCCUACAGAAAUUUCAGGGGCAUAGUGAAGAACAAACUAUCAACCAUGUGUGAAUUUUCUCUGUGAUGAUUAUUUAGUUUCUUGUACAAGUGAUUUUACACGCGCGCCCAUUAUAUAUUUUGACCUUGAAAAUGGUGAAUUUGCUAGGUUUUUUGUUGUUUAUGUGCAGAUAUUCUCAAAUAACACUCUAUACAAGUUCAUCUAGAUAGUUUAGAAGGGAGUCGUAUUUCCGCUCCGCUAAUUAAUUAUAUCCAAAUAAAAGAUUUAUUGUGCACAAACAAGGUAAUGUUUCGCUGCUGGGAACGUCUUUCUUGUGAGAAUUUUUACAAAUCUAAGUCUGGUUGUCUUUUUCUUCACCUGCUUUUAUCGCAGGUCUCCUCAUACUGCUGGUGUCGUGAAAGAGAGACAUUGUUCUUAAAAUUUCACAGAAUUUGGACUCUGUAGGAAAGUAGGCGCCGAGACUUUGAAGCAAAGGUAAGAUGGGGAGGGCAAAAUUGAAACUGCAUAAAUUGGAUGGUAGCAACCGUAUAGGAGUAUACUCAAGGCGAAAGAAAGGUCUCUUGAAGAAAGCUAAUGAGCUUUCAGUAUUGUGCGACAUUGACAUCUUUCUUGCCAUGUUUUCACCAAGCGGAAAACCUAGUGUAUACAAGUCAGAGAGCAGUAGCUUUGAGGACAUGAUUACCAAGAUUGUCGAAGUAAAUCCAGAAGAAAGGGCAAAAAGGAAGAUGGAGUGUCUUGAAACAAUAAAGAAAGCUUGCAAGAAGUCUGAUCACGAUGUAAAUAUCGGAGAACAGCUCUGUCCUGGGGAUUUGACAACGGAGGAUAUAAAUUUUCUGUCACAUUCAUUAAGAAUUCGACUUUCAGACAUCGAGGGUAGACUCAGGCUUUGGAAGAAUCUUGACAAGAUUGACAACAUUCAACAACUUAGGAAAUUGGAAGACUCAAUUUCUAAAUCUCUUAACGAUAUCGCAAAGCAUAAGUAUGGGAUUAGAUCAUUAAUUUUUAGUGCUGGGGAAGAUAUUCAUCCUUCUUCAGUCCAACAUGGUAUGGAUUUACCUUCAAACUUUGAUGCUAGGAAAGAGCCCCAUCCAUGUUCAUUAAUCCAUGGUUGUGAUAGUGAAAAUACGGACGUGUACGAAGACCUGACUUCAUUUGGUUCAUCUUUACCUUCUGAUACUGGGCAAGACUUCCAGGCUUCUUCAUUGAUGCAGCAUGGGAUUAAUGCCUGGCAAGAGCUCUAUAGAUGCUCAUCAGUCCACGGUGGUAAUAAUGAAAAUAUGGAUGUGUACGAGGACUUAAAUUCAUUCCCACUAGGGUAUUUGGAGGAACCGUCUUUUUCUUUUGAGAGCUACACAAAUCUUGUUUGCAACAAAGAAAUUGAAAUAUCUAAGCCGGAAUCCAAAUUUUUUGUACCUGAUGAAAUGUUUCUGGAUUGUGAAUUAAAUCAGGAAGAUAUUGAAAGAGAGUUUGGAUUUACUUUUGAUGUGCCACAAGUUGAACUAAUGGAUGCCCACGGAAAUAUUUUGGGCUGUAGCACCAACAAUGGUUCCAUACUUCCUCAUUCUGAUUUUGUUAACAUCCAUGAUAGUUCAACGUCAGCAUCUGGAGCUUGUGACAAUAUGAUGUUAGCUGAAUCUCUAAACCUUCUUUAUGGGAUGGAUUCAUUAAGUUCUGAUGCUGGAGAAGAAUUUUCAACUUAUUCUUCGAUCAAGCAUGGGACAAAUUCACUUUCAGCUCAGCUUAAUGUAGGGUUAUCAGUCCAUGGCAGUGCUAGUGAAAAUAUGGAAGGAUACAACAACCUAAACGUAUUUGAUGCAUCUUUAAAAUUUGAUGAUGAGCAAGAAUUUCAUUCUUCAUCAUCGAUCCAGUAUGGGAUGAAUUCACCAGUAAGUUUUGAUGCUGGGCAAGAGAGGAAUCGAUCUUCAUCAGUCCACGGUGGUGAUAGUGAUAGUAUUAAUGGAUAUGAGGACCUAAAUUCGUUUGUACAAGGGUUUUUAGAGGAUCCCUCUGUAUCUCUUGAGAGCUAUACAGAUCCUGCUUGCGAACAUGAAAUUCAAAAUUGCAAGCCUGGAUAUGAAAAUUGUUCAGCGGAUAAAACGUUUCUUGAUUGUCAAAUAAAUCAGGAAGAUCUUGAAAUAGCAUUUAGAUCUACUAUUGAUUUGCCACUGGUAGAGAAAAUGGAUGCGCAGGAAAGCACUUUUGACUGCCUCAACAAAGGUUUUGGAAUUCGACAACUAACAUCCAUCAUAGUGUAGAGCCGGAACUUGUGACGAUAUGACUCUCUCAACUUUCCUCAAGCUGUCUUAUGUUGAUUUUGCUGGUGUCUUCAACUCGACUCAUUUAUGGACAUGCGAGCUGAAGCUCUAUAGGUCUCCUUCAAUCCAUGGCUAAAUGCAAAGGAAACCUUAAGGGCUCCAAUACCAUGCCACAUUACCAAAGGGAAUUGGAAUGCCAAAUUUGUAAUAUAUUUCUUCUUGUCUAGUUGAACUCAUUCAUAAACAACCUUUUUUCUAUAUAAAGUUAUUUUAUGUGCAAAGUAAUGUUAGCAUUUUAAGGUUGGUUUUCAUGUUCGAGACUA